UACCCCCUUAGUCCAGUGUUCUGAUCAUGGAGGGGCGUGUUCUUAAAAUAACCUGUCGGUCCAGUCCCCUUCUGCUCUGACAGGAAAGAACUCCUCAGACCUGACCUGAAACAGGACACACACCCUGGAGCAUUGCUAUGAGGAAGAAAGCAAUGGCAGCUGCUUGUGUUCUUUUCAGCACUUUGGUCUGGUUCGUGGCCAUGACAAAUGGAAAAAUCCCAGACAUGCGUGUUACCUGUCUGUUCGCUGAGGACUGCUUGCUGCCCUGCACAUUCAAGCCUGCAGCUGAGGAGGUUAUUGGCUGGUCCAGACAGGAAGUCCUGGUGCACAGUUUCGCACAGGGCAGCAGCCAGCUGGACAAGCAGCACAUGCACUACAGAGGCAGGACAGCCUUGUUCCCAGAGCAGAUCAGACAUGGCAAUGCCUCCCUCCUACUGAGGCUGUGCAACACCCAGGACCGAGGACGGUACCACUGCCAUGUCAACACCACCCUGGGAGGCCAGGAGUCCUUCGUCAUCGCCAAGGUGGAGGCUCCUGUCCAGUCUCUGAACCUGGAGAAGACCCGGCUGAGCGGCUACGAGGAACUGAAGUGUUCGGCCCGGGAUAUCUACCCUGCCCCACAUGUGUUGUGGUUCACAGUCCCCCCGGAGCCUCUGGAUACCCUAAAGCCUGUCACACGAAAGAUGGCCAACAAGAACGGCCUGUAUUCUGUAGAGAGCAAGUUGAGGAAGCUCCAGGGGAAAGACUCAAAUAUUUACACAUAUUUCUGCACCGUCAACUCCUCCUAUGAUACACAGACCUGGAGGGCCUCGCUGCAGGAAAGAGAAUUGAGCAGUGAGGAAGGGGGUGAGCUGAUCAUCCCCUGCCUGUCCCCGACGGACCUUCACAACUUUACCCUCACCUGGACCUUCACCAGAGCAGACAAGCCUGAGGACAUCCUCACCUUCAACAGCCAGAGUAGUCUGACCUCCAACCAGUGGGCAGGCCAGGCCCAAGUGGACCAUGACAGGGUCCUGUCAGGAGACGGAUCGCUCCGCCUCCAGAACCUGCAGAAUGCAGAACACACAGGGACGUACACCUGCACUUUCUCCGCCGCUCGGAGCCGCCACAUGGUGUACACCUCUGUCAACAUAUCCGCCACGGCAGCUGAGAAACUGCAGGGAGAGGGAUCCUACUGGCUGUGGGUGAUCGCUAUUGUACUGGCCACAUUGAUUGUCCUCAUCACUGUGCUGAUUCUGUGCCGGAAAAAGAAAGCUGACCGAUCACCAGCGAGUAAACCAGCUGAAGUAGCCACAGAGAUGCAGGCAGUGCCGACAGAUGAAAAAGAAAAUGUAUUCCAGUCAGAAAAUAGUAAUCUAACUAAAGAUCAAACUGAUGAAAGCAGUUAACUCAUUUGACUUGAGUGGGGCAGUCACGGAUAUCACUUCCUUUCAUUUUGAUGAAGUCUUGUGCAUUGGACAGGAAUAACUGUUUCUGGGGGUGGAAGUGUGAACUGUGAAGAGACAGCUGCGGAAGAAGUCAGAGGAAGCUUCCAUACAGCUUAUUUACAGGGGAAAUCCACUUCAGCGCCCCGCCUGACUCUGUCUCACAUUGCCCCACCCCACGCUGACCUGACCCCAAGAAUCUGUUUAAGUAGAAACUGGAAAAGGAAAUGGCCUACUGGCAUCUUGGCCUUCGUUUUUAUGUAAACCUCAAAGCUGCAGGUGCAUCAGCUUGUCCAAAUUGUCCUUGCUCAUGUCUAAUCGGUAUCACACAGCUUAAAAACAUCUUAAUGAAGAUUGUUAGGAUUUAUAUUUUUCUGUUAUUUUUCUGCAUUUACAUGAAAUUAAAGCUAUUUUACUUUGAGAUUGCUUGUGCUGAGGCAUGUAAUACUGAUACUGAUACAAUAACAUUGCUGAUUUUUUUAAUAAGGUGCUUUCUACAAAUAAAUUCCACAUUAAUUUAUUUUUUUACCAAUAAAUGUAUUGCAAGA